UCAGUUUCGCAAGCACUUAAAGCAACAAAAUUGUUAGCAAGUUUGUGCUGGAUCUUUUUAAUUUAUUUUGUUUCAUCACACUAAUUUAUUCCUUCGGUUUGUCUAGACUGGAAUAAUGGGUAGCUCGAGAAGAAUAUAAGAAUAGUUAUGCAAAACUCAAACAAAUUACUCAAAUCGGACAUACCUUGUCUACAUAAUAAGUAAUAAAAAUGCAUUCAAGGCUGGUCGCGUAAAUAUUUACAUAACUAUGCAAAUGCCUGAUAAUGUUGUGAAAUAAAUAAAUAAAUAUGUGGUGAGAUUCCAGUCUUGUAAAUAGUUGAGGCUUGGCAGAAAAUAAGCUGUUACAUAAUUGUCUGUCUACUCAAGAAAACUGGAUUUUAAUGAAGUUCUUGGCAUUUUAUAGGCUCGAACCCCAACCCAUGUGCGCAUUUGAUCUUGAACCGUGAUCCAACAAAGAACGUGUUGACCUAGGCUAGCUUUUUACGAAGUCCAAAGCCUUCUCAUAUUCUUUUUAACGACUGAGUGAAGAAGUCACACCAGUUGACAAGAUGGUGCACAACCCCGUAUUUUCCAAAGUCGAGGUGGAAGCCGCUUUAAAGCAAAUGCCAACAUUUUCCGACAAUGCGAUCGACGUGGCUGAUAUGGACGCCUUCCUGCAGGCUUUAGGCAUGGACGCCACGAAGGAACAGAGGGACGGAUACGUCACCUUUUUUCGUGAAGUGUACAACGGCAAACUUCCUUUGGACGUUUGCGUCGCCUCUCUGGGAGUAAUUAAUGACACUAAAGAACUCGUCCGAGUGCACGUGGCCGCAAUCGACAAGGAUAACGAUGGGCUUAUCGAUGAGUCGGAAUUCAAGGCGAUUUUCCCCUUUUUGUUGAAGCAUGACCCAUCCUAUCCAAGAAUUGAGUUUGACGAUUUUGUUAAGGAGGCUGAUGCAAAUAAGGAUGGAAAAGUUAGCGUUAACGAGGCAGUGGAGUGGUUUUGCAAACAUGCGAAAAAUUAAGGACGUAGAUCAACCUUCUGGGAAAAAUGCUUACUGGAUUGUGCAUACGUGGAAAAAUAAAAUAUUACUGUUAAAUUUGUUUUGUAUGUAUUUCAUUCGAAUUUUUGAACUUUUAAUAAACACUUUU